ACUCGUGUGGGGGAACGGGGGGUGUGUGCGUCGGAUCCUUGGGUCCCAGCUCAGGCCAGUCGCCUGCUGCACCACCCAGAUGGCAUCAGUUAGACCCCCCACGGCGGCCGCCGCGCUGGAGAGCCAUCAGCGGCUGGCCGACGAGCUCCGGGGCAAGAUUGAUGAUGGGCUGGUGGAGGCAGGGCCGGCGCCGGAGACACGCUCCGUCGACGACCUGCGGCCGUACGUCACGCACCGUGACUGGCUGCUCCAUCUCAUACACUCCUACAAGUAUCAGACCGCAGUGAUCGUCAUGGUCAUUCUUGACUGUAUCUGCGUGAUUGCGGAGUUACUCAUCGACCUGGAGAUAGCGAGUUCAUCGGGCGGUACUGUCGCUAAGGAGGUUCUGCACAGCAUCUCGAUCGCCAUCCUCUCCUGCUUCCUGGUGGAGAUCGUAGUGAAGCUGUACGCCUACCGCGUCGGGUACUUCCGCAUGCCGUGGGAGAUGUUCGACGCGGUGGUGGUGAUCGUGUCGUUCGCCCUGGACGUGGCAUUCCGCAGCACGGUCGGCCCCAUCAACGGCGCUGGACUCAUCAUCGUGCUGCGACUCUGGAGAGUCACGCGCAUACUCAGCGGCAUGGUGAUGUCGGUGCGCCGCCACUCAGAGCACAAGCUGGAGCUGGAGCAGCGCGCGCGCCACCGGCUGCAGCGUGACCUGGACGAGAGCCGCGACUACUGCCGCCGCCUCGAGCAGCGGCUGCAGCAGCACGGCCUGGCGCUGCCCGAGCCGCGGCCCGACGGAGCCGACCCGGACGGCGCGCCUGGGGGAGACGCAGGAGACGCCACUGUCUGAGCCUGAGAAGGACGUCGUCCGCGGCGGCCGUCUCUGAGAUCGGCACCGGAUCUGCCGUCCCUCCGAGCCCCGGCCGCUCAGCGCCUGGCGCUGCGAGACGCGCCUGGCUUUGGGAAGCGCCGCGAACUCUUGCCGCGUGCUGGCGAUGGCCUCGUGGAGGUUUUUCGACGCCAUCCUGGCUGCGUGAAUGGAACUUAACUGCGUCGUUUACAGCCGCCAACGAAAGUUAACGAGUUGUAUUGGCCUUAUGAGCGUGGUUGUCAUGUUAUGUUGUUGGCAUCUUGUGACCCUAUGAUCUGGUGAGGUUGUCCUCACAUGUUCGACUGAUGAUCUGGCUGAUCUGUAACUAGCCUCGGGUAGCGCUGGCCUGCCGGUUCUGAUGUUACUUUUGGCAUUGGGAAGGGAGGCUUCCUGGAUGUGUAACCCAACCGGCACGGUAAGCCCAUGUAAGAUGCUUUCUCCCAUGUUUGGGAGCGACCACACGAUUUCGUAGAUUUCGUGUGCUCUUUCUCGUCUCGUAUAACGACCACCGAGAGCGCUACGCACCUUUGGUCAAUCAUGCUGGCCAUCAGUGUCGGGGAACGCGCUUGUUACGUGCCUCUGCGUGCCAUAUUUUGUACCGAAUUGUGUAUGCGUGAUACCAGUGUCCGGUGUGCGCUGGGAAGUUAACGUGCUCAUAUACGCAGGUUUCGUAGGGGUGUAUUUUGUGUACCUGCCUUGUGCAGCUGUAUUCGACAGGCCUGUUGGCUAGGUCGUGUUUUGUCGUGGCGUAUCAGAUACGACUCGCGUUGGCACGUGUACAAUGAUGACGUCACUGCAAGCCUCACAGCCUACACGGAGCCGUAAGUGGGUGGGUACCUGCAGACAUCGGGCUGGGCGGGGCUCAUCGCGCAGUCAUUGCAUUAUCGCCCGGAAACUGUUGGUACGGAAUAGAAUUCGUCACUUGUUAAGCAUUCUGUCAUAUUUUUUUGGCAGAAAAAUGCAUCACGGUGUUUCUGGGGUGGGCUAUUUCUUGUCUCUUGUUUCAAGGCUAUUUCAUGUCUCGUUAUGCUUGCUUGAUAUGAACCUCAAUUUACCAAUGCGGUGCGUGCAUUGCAUUCGAUGGUAUUGCGUCAGCUAAAGUUGCUAAAGUUGAUAUAACAUACCGUCUCUGAACCCACAGCUGAUGUUCCAUGUUUUGCGUUCUGACACCCGGCGGUUUAUAUCCAUGAAUGUCUAUCGGGAGAUAAAACAUCGAUCGCGCCUGUCUGUAUGGAAACGAUCUCUGAAAUGACUGAAGGCUUUCGGGUUGCCAUGGGUUAGCCUGUAAUCUGCGCCGCUUGUCCCAAAAACGGAAGGGGUGGGCAUUUGCCAACAGCACCGCCUCAAGCAACUGAAUAUGGGCCUUUUUGUAUUUAUGUGUUAAUCAUUUGCGUUUCACGUUUGUAUCGCGUUGCCCAUGUAGUGAGCUUGUAUAUUCCGUUGCUACCGUUGUAUAUUUCGUAUGCAACUUAGCUGGUCGGAGCCACCAACGAAUACAGUUGAAUAGU